CAUGUUCGGUCCCGUUGCCACCGUCCAGCUGAACGAUGUCAAGAUCAUCAAGGAAGCUUUCUCCCGCGAUGUAUUCGUGCCAUGACCGACCUUCUGGUAUUUUGAUGAACGAGCCCGGAUGAACGACGGAGCAACUGGCAUCGUCUUCAGCAGUGGUCAAUCGUGGAAAGACCACCGUCGUUUCAUUCUGCACACGCUGCGCGAUUUCGGCGUGGGCAAAUACAAAAUGGAGGAGAAGAUCGUCGAAGAGGCGGCGACACUGAUCAAACUGCUGGAAGCGGCCAACGGCCAACCAAUCGACACGCGCGCACCGUUAAGCAGCACCGUCGCCAACGUCAUCGGCAGCGUCCUCAUGGGCAAGCGCUACGCUCCCGAUGACCCGGUCUUCGUGGAUAUUAUGCGCUGGACACGGGAGAUUAUUGAGUUCACACCGAAGAAGAUUUUCUUGGCGUCCUUUCCCUAUAUGCGCCAUGUUGUUCCACCUCUUAAAGAUACCUACAACGAGUUACUAGGGAUUUUGCACAAUUUUAAGGCAUUCUUCGGGAAACCUAUUCAGGAACAUUUCGAGAACUGGCAACCGGAUCGCAAUGCCGAUUUCAUCGAUACGUACAUCGCCGCGGUGAAAGAGCAGCAGCCGGCAACCUUUAACAUGAACGAGCUGCAACUGACACUGGACGAUCUCUUUGAAGCCGGAUUUGAGACCACGACGACAACGCUGCGCUGGGCGUUCCUGUUAAUGGCCGCCCAUCCCGAUAUUCAAUCGAAAGUGCACGAUGAGCUGGACAAGGUAAUCCCGGUUGGUUCCUUCGUCAAACUGUCGAAUAAAGAGCAAUUGCCGUACACCGAAGCAACGAUCACGGAGGUGCACCGCUUCGCCAGCGUCGUCCCGAUGGGCGUCAAUCACGCCGCCGAGGAAGACACCACCAUCCAGGGAUACGACAUCCCCAAAGGUACCUGGCUGCAAGCCAACAUCUACUUCGUCCACCACAACACCGACUGGUGGGAUCAACCGGAGCAGUUCAAUCCCGACCGCUUCCUGACGAAGGACAACCAAGUGCUGGCCUCGGACAACGUCAUGCCUUUCGGUCUCGGGAAGCAGCGUUGUCUGGGCGAGGCGUUGGCGCGCGCCGAACUCUUCAUCAUCUUCACCGCCGUCAUGCAGCGCUUCACCGUGCGCCUCCCGGAGAGAGGUCAGGCGGCCGAUCUGACGCCUACCAUGGGAGUUAUUGCGGAUACGCAGCCCCAUCAACUGUGUUUCGUUCCCCGUAAUAACUAGUGGUGUUUUUCAACAACACCGUGAAAUUUGUACUUGCAUAAUGUGGUUCCAUUUUCAGUGAAAAGUUUUAAGCUGUCAACUCGCUUUAUUCUGUUGUUGUCCCCAUCCAGGGUACGUACGUGUUAGCAAACUUGAAGUUGCCCUGCAGCUAUUCACUGUCUGUAUUCACUCUUAUCGGCUCAAUCAGCUCGAUCAGCCGGACAACGUUACGAGACAUCUAAGUCGGCACAACACCGUAACAAACAAUUUUUAUCUAAUUCCGAUGCUAUUUUUACUAAUAAACCAAAA